CGGUUUGAAUUUGAAUUUAAUUAUUUACAGUAUUCCUUAUAAUUUGUUCCUGUGGUUAAUGAUUUCUGUAACAGGAGGUAUGUUGCAUUGCCGGUAGAUGUCAUGUUAUAGCGUUAAAUUCAAACUUGCAUUUAAAACACAAAAAGUAACAUCAACACGUUCAGUUUUUUCAUUCAUUUUUUUGUAUCUCGGUUAUCAUUCAAUUUGAGUUCUUUUGAAAAUGCAUUUCGAAUAUCGUUCUUUUUCCAUCGUAGCCUCUCACAGAGUAACAACGAAAUUUUGGCGAGCAGUAGAGUUUAAAGUCGGCAUUUUUUGAAAUUUAUUAUGGUAGCUGAAUUAAUUUUUCUGCUAAGGCAAUAAUCAAUUUAAUUUGGAUAGCCUAGUCAAAUCAAGUAUUUAUUUUGUGAGCUACAAUUGAGUGAAAAUCCUCGACAACGAGGAUUUUUAUUAUAUGGUAAUUUUUUUUCUAUUGGACGUAUUGGUAUCAUUCAAGAUCUUCACGAAAAUUGCGAGUUAAUGGUGCAUACCUCCUGGGAAAAUUGUUCAAUUGGUCCUACAUUUGUUGCUAGAGAUUUUCAUACCGUUUCAUUUUGAGUCACUUGGUACAGUUGGCUUGGGGAGGAGAUUCACCCUAAUUUUAAGAUAAGUUCCUUCUCAUGGUUUUUUUUUCUUCAUUGUUGAUUAGAUACAAUUUUGGAUAUAAUAUUAAAUUCACCUUUGGCACAUUUCCUUUUCUAAAUUUUUAUUAUAUUUUCUCAUAUUAACAUUACCAAUAUUUGAAUAUUGUAAUUUUCACAUUAUAUUCAGUAUAUUUAAUAUUCCAGAUUUGUAUUCGCAGUUCUCAAAGUUUAGUACUCAUAAUUUCAUAUUGUCUUAUAUUUCAACUUAUCCAAAUUGAGUAUCUUUUUUUAAAUUUUCUUAAUCGUAUAUUUUUCCAAAUUCAACUUCAUCCUUAUUCUUAGAGAUUACAUUCCAUAUUAGCUUGAUACUUUAAAUUUUUCAUCAUUCACAUUUUGACUGCUUUAACUAGAACUUCAUUAUCUAAAUUACUCAUUAGUGUAUAAUUGUCCUAAGUGCACGGUAUUGCAAUCUUUCGAUUCAGUCUAUUAGAACUAAGAAUUAUAUAUUUGUAAGAAACUUAUUAGAUUAUAGUUAUUGUUAUUUCAGAUUUAAAAAUUUAUUUGUGAUUAAAAGUACUUAACCCAACCCUGAUUAAUUAAUUGUUUAUGACUGAUUAAUUGUCUCAUCAGCAACUUUAUAAUUGGAAUUUAUUAUCACAGGUUAUAAUAAAGAAAGUACUACCGUGGCAAUUGGCGCCCAACGUAACAACCAAUACACGAUUAAUCGACAAUUGUACAGGACAUUGUUCAUUACUGAAACCAAGUCAUACUGUUCUUUGAGGAGGAUCAGUUCAUGCUGAGGGAACACCAUCAUUUUGAGCUGUGAAAUUUUCGGUUUUUGGUGAGACACUUUUCUUUUCUCUGUUUGGACCAUUUUUUUUUGCUACGUUAUUUUCAUUUAUAUAAUUUUGACUUUUACACUGGAAUAGACACAUUUUUUAAAUAUGGCUACCAUGUUUUUGAAAAUUGAACCCGAUCGGUUAAUUAAAGAGGAACUAGAGUAUGAAAUUGCGUUAAGAGGUCUGAAACCUGAAGGGUCAGUUUCGGAGUUGAUCAAAAUGUUACGAGGUUUAUUGAAAUUAGAGUCAGAGGGACAAUCAUUCAAGGAAUUUUAUAAUUUUGAUGCAAAAGUAGAAUUGGAUAUAUGUUCUGCUAAGGUUGACGAAAUUGAAGUUUAUCUCAAAGAACCUUUUUCAGGUUCUAUGCAACGCAAAAUUAGAACAAAAUUAAGUCAUUUAUUGGGUAGAGUAGAAAGAAUCAAACCAUCUGAACAGGAUAAAACCUUAUGUGAAUUAAGAUCUAAGUUACUCACUGCGAGUUUGCGCUUAAUGUCUUCAUAUGAGAGUAAAUUAAUGGGUGAUUCUAAGGCUCCAAAAUCAUUGCCUGCGGAGGUAGAAUUCGAGCAAAGUUUCUUGAAUCAAAAAGCCGUGAGUUCGACACCAACAAAAAAUUUAUCUGCUAAUGUUUCUGGUAAUAUUCAAAAUAACAGCUUAACAACAGCGACUAAUAUGAUGCAAAAUUUGAAUGUAGUAGAUCCUAAAAUUCACUUGAAAAGUCUGGGAAUUAAAUAUUCAGGUAGAAACGAUUCUCUGAGCUUGAAUGCUUUUUUCGAAAGAGUAAAUGAUAUUAUGGAAGCAAGAGGUUAUUCGGAAGAAUUUAUGUUCAGAAUCGCAUCAGAAUUGUUCGAGGGUGAAGCACUUGUAUACUAUAGAGCGGUCAAGAGUUUGGUUGAUGAUUGGAAAGAACUUAUUGCUAUUUUUCGAGAUGAAUUUUUCAGAGAUGGAGACAGAAAAAUCUUUGAACAAAUUAAAGGAAGAACUCAAGGUGAAACUGAGACAAUAGCUAUCUAUGUAGCAUAUAUGCAAAACUUGUUCAAUAGAUUGUCUUUCUCAGUCGAUGAAAAGGUAAAGUUAGAGUUAAUAAAAGAUAGAAUCAGGCCAGAAUAUCGUAUAGGGUUCGGAUUGAUAGAUGAUAUUAAUUCUCUGGAAAUGUUGAUUAAAUUGGGUCGUAAGUUGGAGGAUAAUAAGCGUUAUGUUAAUAAUUUUAUUCCACCGUCAUCAAAUAAGCAUGCAAUUGAAGUUGAUUUAGAAUACAAGCUCGAAUCGACAAAGGGUAAAUUAUGUAAUUUAGAGACUGAAAAACAGGUUAGUUUUAGUGAUUGUAAACCAAGUAUUUCUAAGUCAGAAAAUGAACAAUUUAGUGAUGAUAAUAGGUUAAGAAGCAGAAGUAGAUCCAAUUCGCGAAGUAGAAAUAGAUCAAAUUCCCGAGGUAGCACUAGAACUAGAGAUUCUUCUAAGAAUAGAUAUUGUUGUUCAGAAGUUAAUUAUAGUAAAGAUGGACAAUACUCAGAUAGGAACUAUUCAAAUAAGUCAUAUGGAAGUCAGCAUAAAACAUAUCCUUAUCAGAAACGUUUGAAUGAUGAUAGAUCUCCAAGUGUAGAUAGGAAUAGUGCGCAGAAUAGUAAAAGACCAAUUAUCGAUCAAAGUGACAGAAAUAGGGCUCAGAAUUCUUUUCAAGAUUCGUCUGUUGUUUGUUUCAAGUGUCAGGGAAAAAAUCAUUUAGCUAGACAUUGCACAGUAAAAUCAAUUCGAUGUUACAAUUGUGGUAGGUUCGGAUUUACAAAAUUAAAUUGUCCAAGUUGUAAUUUAAACCACUAAGGAAGUCAAGUGUGGACCGAGCUUCGACUUCAGAACCUUUAUCGGUUAAUCAACAUAUAUCUUCAGAUGAUUAUUAUAAUUUGGGUUCGGAUACUUCAGAUUUUGUUUGUUCUAAAGAAGAAAUCGAAACUUUCAAUAAUAAAUAUAAACCAGUUUUAAAUUAUAUUUUAGACGGAGUUUCAGGAGGAGAGUGUCCAUAUAUUUCAGUAGACAUUUAUAAUAAAAAAUUUAAAGGAUUAUUAGACUCAGGAGCUAAUCAAAUAUUCAUCAAUGAAUCCACUUACGAAUUUUUACAUCAGUUAGGAAUAGUCUUACAUACGGAAAAUGUGUCGUCAUGCGUUUUAGCGAAUAAUCAGGAACUUAAAUGCUUAGGAUUUGUCAAUAUACCUAUUACUUUGGAAAAUAAGACACAUAUAUUUAAAUGCUUUGUAUUGUCUGACUUACGUCAUAGCAUUGUACUGGGAACGGUUUUUUGGAUUAAGAUGGGUAUAGUUCCAGAUUUGAGGAAAGGUUAUUGGAGCUUUAGUAAAGAACAAUCUUUUUAUUCUGAUUCUCUGAAUUCUUUACAAACUUCUGAUGAUUUAACGAAUUGUCAGAGGAAAAAACUAAAUCAGAUUAUUGAUGGUUA